AUGUGGUCCUGGAUCUCAGGAAACUUUCUGUUGCUGCCAUUACGUAAGUCAGACCUGAUGCUGAUGCUGGCCACCAGCCCGAUAGCAGCUUUAAACCUGGUCCUGUGUGGGAGGAGAGGAGCAGGGAAGACUUCAGCAGCCAAGGCCAUUUUAGGUCAGACAGAGCUUCAUUCAGUCUCCAGCUCAUCAGAGUGUGUUAAACAUCAGGGAGAGGUGUGUGGACGUUGGGUUUCCCUGGUGGAGCUGCCUGCCUUGUAUGGAAAACCUCAGGAGGCAGUGAUGGAGGAAUCAUUCAGGUGUAUCUCCCUCUGUGAUCCUGAGGGCGUCCAUGCCUUCAUCCUGGUCCUACCUGUGGGUCCCCUCACUGAUGAAGACAAGGGAGAGUUAGAGACCAUCAGGGACACAUUCAGCUCUCGACUCAAUGACUUCACCUUGAUCCUGUUCACUGUGGAGUCAGAUCCUACAGCUCCAGCUGUUGUUAACUUUCUAAAGGAGAACAGAGACAUCCAGGAGCUCUGUCAGAGCUGUGGAGGAAGAUAUGUUGUUCUCAACGUCAAGGACCAGCAGCAGAUCCCAGAGCUGUUGGAUGCUGUGGAAAAGAUGAGUCAAUAUAAAAACAGACCAUAUACAACAGAAACAUUUGCUCAUGCACAAAUGGAAAAGGUCAUACAACAAGAGACAUGUGUCAAGAGGCAACAGGUUGAACUUGAGAGGCUGAGCCAAAAGAGCAAGCUCACUUGUGAUGAUGAGGAGCAGAGCCCAGAGUGUCUCAGGAUUGUGCUGAUAGGGAAGACUGGCUGUGGGAAGAGUUCUUCAGGAAACACCAUCCUAGGAAGGGAGGAGUUUAAAGCUGAAUUAAGCGGAAAAUCAGUCACCAAUCGUUGUCAGAAAGCAGUGGGUGAGGUGGACGGUCGUCCUGUUGCUGUGGUCAACACUCCUGGUCUGUUUGACACAACUUUGUCCCAUGAAGAGGUUAAUGAGGAGAUGGUGAAAUGCAUCAGUCUUCUGGCUCCAGGACCACAUGUCUUCCUGUUGGUGUUACAUAUCGGUAGAUUAACACCAGAGGAGAAGGAGACAUUAAAACUCAUCAAGGAAGGCUUUGGGAAGAAUGCUGAACAGUUCACCAUCAUUCUUUUUACCAGAGGAGAUGAACUGGAACAUCACAAGCUAUCUGCUGAGGAAUACAUAAGAGAAAGAUGUGAUGACUCCUUUAAGAAGCUGAUUGCUGACUGUGGAGGAAGAUGCCAUGUGUUCAAUAACUAUGAUAAACACAACCACAAACAAGUCAGUGAGCUGAUAACCAAGAUUGACACCAUGGUGAAGACAAAUGGAGGCAGCUGCUACACUAAUGAGAUGCUGCAAGAGGCCGAGGCAGCUAUAAAGAAAGAAGUGCAGAGGAUCCUGAAGGAGAAGGAAGAAGAGAUGGAAGGAGAGAGGGAGGAGCUGAGAAGAAAACAUGAGGAAGAAAUGCAAGAGAUGAAAAAAAGAAUGGAAAAACAGAGAGAAGACAUUGAACAUGAGAGAAAAAAGAGAGAAAAACAACUUGAGGAAUACAUCAGCAAGAAGCUUGACAGAAGAAAGAUGGAAAAAGAAAAAAGAAAAGAAGAAGAGCGGGUGAGGAAAAGACAGGAAGAAUUACUGCGAGAAAAUUGGGAAAAACAACUUAAAGCUUUGCAGAUGAAAAUAAAAAAACAAGAAUCUGAGUCAAAGGAAUUGACUGACAGAAAACUGAGGCAGAAAAUAGAAGAGAUGAAAGCAAAAGAAGAUGCUUCGGAAAACGAACGAAAGAAGUGGUGGAAGAAAAGAGAAGAGGAAAAUAAGCAGAGACAAGAGGAAGAACAUAGCAUGAUUGAAAAGCUAAAGGAAAAAUUUGAAAACGACAGAAAAGAGGAGGAUCGAAUCAGAAGAGAGCAGGAGGAAAAACAGCUAAAUAAAUUGAAGGAAGACUACGAGAGAUCCCCGAUGGAUACAAAGGAGACAUAUGAAGAAAUGGCCAGAAAGAAAGCGGAGGAAAUGAAUAAAUUCAGAGAGCAAUGCAUGAAGGAGUUGAAAGAGCGAUCAUCCCUCUCCUACCGUCUAGUUGCACCUGCACACUACACCAUCUUCAUCUCAGCCUCCUCCACUCCAUUCCACAGGCCCCGGACCCCAGAUCAUGAUCAUUCUCAUUUCUUGUGA